CUGGCUGCGUCGCGCUUGGGGGUCUCGCGCGCCUUGAUAUCCCUCUUCGACACGAAGUAUCAGUAUAUUGUCGCCGAAGCUACUCCCACGUUACCUUUGGUACCCAACGCCGCCUUCACCGAUUCCGAGCAUGGGGAGAACCUCUGGCUUUGCGGCACCGCCCUGCCCCGCGCCCAAGGCCUAUGCGAAUCUGUCCUCGUCGCCCUGCGCCCCGAUGGGACUCCGAUCAAGGUCGACAGCAGCCUGCCGGUGUCGGUUAUAGCAGACAUGGAGACCGAUACUCGAUCCUCGGGAAAGGUACAUUACAAGAACUGGCCCCACCCUCGCUUUUACGCAGGCGUUCCCAUCAAGUCGCGCAGAGGUGUCAGCAUCGGCGUGUUUUCCGUCUGGUCAGAUGAGCCACGCCAGGAAUUCGACGCCACGUCCCAGGAGCUUCUCAGGGGCCUGUCAAGAACAAUCACCGACCAUUUGGACUCGAGGCGGAUAGGUGAAAGGCACAACAGGGCCGUCAGGAUGCUCCGCGGCAUGGGAAGCUUUGUCGAGGGUAAAUCCACCAUGUUCAGGCUUGGUACGCAAACCAAAUCUUUCGCCAACGACACUUCCGCGGAGGGCGCCUUGAAUCAGAACCAGCAGCAACUGCAAGACAAGCAAGAGGCGAGGGAGAGUCAGGAUCGUACUUCUGAUUCCCCUGCAUCGUCACCCGGCGCCAGCCCAAGGCCGUCGCCCAUCCCGAGACCAUCUCCCACCCCGUCUCAGCAGACAUCGGCGUCUGAUGUUUCAGUCAAGAGCAUAGCUUCUGGCAGGGUAGUGGCCAAAACGAACGAGGAGACACAUUUGCAUGGCGUGCGACACAUCUUCUCAAAAGCCUCCAACAUCAUCCGCGAAUCGAUUCAGGUUGAGGGGGCACUAUUUCUGGAUGCUAGUAUUGGUUCCUUUGCUGGUCUAGCCACCAACGCGGCUUCCUCGGGCAGUUUCAGCUCGUCUUCCAGCAGUGACGAAAGGGGUACUGGAAACUCGCCCCGGAAUUCCACUUCUGGUGAACCUGAAGUCCCUUGUCGCAUCCUUGGUCAUUCCAACUCCAUCUCAUCCAGUAUCGACCAGCAAUCUGCUUCACGAGACCAUCCUCUAUUUUCUGAGCGGUUUCUCGCUAAGCUGUUGCACAGGUAUCCUGAGGGGCGCAUUCUCAAUUUUGAUGAGAACGGCUCUCUUCAGUCAUCCGACUUCUCAGAAGAGGAAACGAAGAAACAGACUUCAACACCCGCAGAGGCCGCAGUCUCUGUCCAGGCCACGACGGAAAGAGCUCGCAAACGGAGAAAGAGGUUGCACUCUCGCAGAAACGAAGGCAAGAUACUCAUGAGCUUGUUCUCAGGGGCGCGCAGCGUUGCGUUGGUUCCUCUGUGGGACGCGCACAAGCAACGUUGGUUUUCCGGUGGGUUUGUCUACACCAAGACGCCCACUCGUGUCCUCACCAUCGAAGGGGAGCUGAGCUAUCUGCGUGCCUUUGGUACUGUCAUCAUGUCGGAGGUUGCGAGGUACAACGCUCUGAUGGUGGACAAGGCAAAGUCGGACCUACUGAGCUCCAUCUCCCACGAGCUUCGCUCACCACUGCAUGGUAUCCUACUCGGCGCGGAGCUGAUGCAAGACACUGCUCUGGACGCCUUCCAAGGAGAUGUUUUACACUCAGUAGAGACAUGUGGACGGACCUUGCUCGACACUUUGGACCAUUUGCUAGAUUAUAGCAAACUGGGCAACUUUCUUCGACCCACGAGCGGACGGCGUAGUAGCGCGACCGGCGUGGAAGAUCGGGGCCUUCGCAGCAAUGACAAACAGCUCACGAUAGAAGCUGGAAUGAUCAGUCUGACCAAAAAUUGUAACAUCGAUGUACUGGCAGAAGAGGUCAUCGAGAGCAUGUGCGUCGGCUUCAGUUUCCAACGAUUUGCCGUUUCCCGAUUAGCCGGUAAUCGUCCAUCUGAGCAUGCGGACACCAAUAUCCUCAGUAGACUCGAUGGCAUGCAGGCUCUGGAAAACAUGGCCUCGAAAGACGACAAGACUGGAGAUGCGCAUCUUUUGCUUGGAGACGUGUCAGUAACGUACGACGUUAACCCUGCCUCGUCGUGGCGCUUCCAUACCCAGCCUGGUGCGCUACGCAGAAUUUUGCUCAAUAUUCUCGGAAACUCACUCAAGUACACAUCGAAAGGCUACGUGAACGUCAGCGUGAAACAAGUCGAUUCUGACCAGCCGAGGUGUCGAGAAGUCCAUAUCACCGUCGCCGACACAGGGAAGGGCAUGACGGAGGACUAUGUCCGCUACCACUUUGCCGCCCCGUUUUACCAGGAAGACAACCUCUCUGCGGGUACGGGUCUUGGAUUGAGCCUUGUCAAAGAAGUAGUCACCCGGCUGGGAGGGUCGAUCGAGGUUCAGAGCAAGCUCGGACGAGGCACCAGAGUCACCGUGAAGCUGCCAUUGGCGGAGGCCGAGCCGCCGUCGCCAAAGACGAGCAUUCCGAAGGCGAUCAACUUCGACGACUUCAGAGCCCAGGUCAGCGAGCUGAAAGGACUUCGAGUGCGCUUGCUUGGCUUCCAGGCGGACACCGGCUACGGCGCCAACGACGAGCUAUCUGCGGGCAUUCUGAGCGAAGGCACGCUUAUAGAAAAUAUGUGCCGCGAUUGGCUGCAGAUGCACAUCAUCAAUGACUCUUCGCAGCAAAAGCUCAUCCCCGACCUUGUAUUGGCAACGGAACGAAACCUCGACCGUCUCCUUUUCGAGCGGCGACAGGGGGUAGUGUCUACGCCGGUGGUAUUUGUGUGCCGCAACGCCUUGAUUGCGAGGCAGUUGGCGACUUCCCCCAGGUUCACAGGCCGACGCGUCGUUUUCGAGUUCGUAUCUCAACCAAUCGGGCCAAGGAAGUUGGCUCGAAUCCUAUUGCUUAGCUUCAGAAGAUGGACCAAGAUGCAAGCCUCGGUGAUUCCGACGCCAACGGCCCUUUCGCUGGCUAGCAUCGAAUACUCACAGCUCGCCAACGCCGAUACGUCGCCACCAGACCCACGCACAACGUCAGCACGUAGCAACGAGACUUUUGUCGACAGAACCGAGUAUUUCGAUGCGGUCGACACACCAACAGAAGGAACGGAUGGAGAGAUACAGGAAGACGAAGGCGCAAGCGCUAGCACGAAGACCUUGGUAGAUCGGUCCGUCAAUCGGUCUUCCACCCCGACACCCCGCGAGCCUGAACCCGUCAAGUCUCCCGAAGAGGAUAACUCGGACCUGUUCCUGCUCGUCGACGACAACCCGCUCAACGUCCGCAUUCUCGAGUCGUACAUGAAGAAGCUCGGCCACAAGUACACGACGGCCACGGACGGGAAACAGGCCGUCGACGCUUUUAAGAGCAGCGCGGGCCGGUACAAGUGCAUCUUCAUGGACAUAUCCAUGCCCGUCAUGGACGGCUUCGAGGCGACGCGCGAGAUACGCGUGUUCGAGACCAAGGAGAACCUGCCGCGGUGCCAGGUCUUCGCGCUCACGGGGUUGGCGUCGGCGAGCGCGCAGGAGGAGGCCUUCGCCAGCGGCAUCGAUCUGUUCUUGACCAAGCCGGUGAAGCUGAAGGAGCUGAGCAAGAUAUUGGAGACUAGGGAUCUUGCCUGA